CAAAGGGAUAGAGCAUCAUUUCCUACAAUUACCUUUCGUUUUUACUGCCGAAUGUUAAAUUUAUUCGAAUGGGCUGGGUGGUUGACAAAAGGCGCCGGGUUGACCAAAGUUAUUGUAAGAGGUAUUCCUAAUGUCGGGAUUUGCGAACGGAAGUAUAACUUUGGACGAGGAGCGGGACUUCUACUAUGCCGGUCAAGUGUUGUCAGGAAAGCUUGAGUUUGGUAUCAAUCAGCCACUUCAGUUCAAGGCCAUCAACCUAGUGUUCCACGGUGAAGCCAAUGUGUCUUGGGAGGAAACAGAGGUGGAGGAAUAUGACGGAGUGCGGAGUUACAAUAACAUACAAUAUGGCGGUAAAGAGGUGUUCUUCCAUGUAGAGCAAUGUGUUUGUGGAGGUGUUGGUAUAUCUCAGCUGCAGCCCGUUAGCCACGUCAUUCCAUUCCGGUUCCAAAUACCGCCCACAGUGCCUUCGAGCUUUGGUACAGGAGAUGACGAUGAAGAGAGAACCAUUUAUUACUUUGUCAAGGCAGUUCUCGAGUACCACGAUAGCCCUGUACUCGAGAAGUUGAAGAAAGAUUUCGAAGUGGUGGUGCCACUGGAUUUGAACCUCAACCCAGAGAUGCAGGUAGAAAACGAGGUUAUCUUCGAGGAAGCCAUCAGCUCGUGCUUCUGCGACUCAGGGCUAUUGAAGGUGACCGUGACGCUGCCGGCCACCGGCUUCGCCCCUGCCAUGGUGAUGCCUAUUGCUGUCAAAGCUGACAACCAAAGCUCGGUGGAGGUCACCAAGAUUCUCUUCGAGUUGGUUCAGAGGGUAAAAUAUUUCAGCACGGACCCACCAUCAAAAAAAGAGGAACCGGAAACCAGGCUCCAGUACUCUAAAACCGGCGCCGUUCCAACCAAGACGAGGAGAAACUUCGAACACAACUUUCAGAUACCGGACUUAAUACCGGUUAUCACACAGAACUGUAAUAUCAUCAAAGUGGGCUACUUCAUUAAGAUUAAACUAGUACUCAGUGGCUGCAACGACGACUUAGAAGAUGAAAUGGAAAUCUGCCUCGGCCAAAUUCCCAUACGAGAGAUGAUAGACGGCGAGUACGUACAUCCCUUACAAAGUGACUUGCCUAAAGGCCCUAUACCCCAUCCAGGAGAACCACCUACAGAAAUACCCCCUUAUGUAUAUCCGUCACAGACACUAAAAGUUAUUUCUAAUUAUACUGUAAGUGCUUAUCCGUAUCCUAAUCAAAAUCAACCUUACCCAGGUGUUGAUCCUAGCGCUGGCGCGAACCCACCAUACCCUGGUGGGAUCCCACCUUACCCUGGUGGGAUCUCACCUUACCCUGGUGGGAUCCCACCUUACCCAGGUGGUAACCCUAUUGCUACCCCGAACCCACCUUAUCCUGGCGUCCCUGGACCUAACCAGGGAGGGUUAGGUCCAGGGACGCCAGGGUAUGGUGGGUUUCCUAGUAACCCUGCCCCUGUGAUAGGGUUUGUGGUUACUCCUUACAAUACAAGCGCGCCUCCGGAGAGUCCGAAGUAACUUUCACGGUACAGUUUUAACGUCAAGUAAUAUAGGAUUCACAAAUCGGGAGUCUUCGAGACAAAAUAAUUUGAACCUUCUGUAAAGCAAUUAAAUUUCAUAUUUAAAUGACAGCGCCAAUCCUUGCCGUGUCGGUUGUUCGCGACCGUUACUGCUGCCAUAUAAUUUACUAUGAUAUGAAUAUGAAAUCGAACUACUGUGUUCUGUGUAGGAGGUUUGUACUUCUUCGACUCGAAACGCGCACCGACUCAGGCGGUUUUUGAAUCCUACAUAAUACGGCACCGUCAGAUAUUUCACAAAAACGUACAAUAGUCAAUAAUAGAGUUGGCCGGUCGAAGUAUUUUACAGAUGGCGCCAGCAUAGCUUGCCCUGCCAAUCACUAGAAUUAUGUCAAAUUCUUGGUUUUUUUAAAGGCCUGGAUGCCCUUUAAGCCAAAUCUCAUAGAAAAAAACCAGAGAAAGGGGCAAGCUAUGAUAGAGCCAUGGCUAUAUAAUAGAUGCAUCUAUGCAAACCUUUGACAGUUGCCGAACCCAUGCGGGGUAAGUGAAAUUUUGCAAACGAGGUCUUUAGAUGCACGACACCCGCAGGCUGGAGUGCAUUAAAGACUUGAGUUUGCAAUAUUCUUACCCCCGGAGUCACACAGAAUGUUUUUCAUCACACUUGCGAAAAAAACUAAAUUUUAAGCAAAAUAAUUCUUAAAAUACGGUGACAUUGGUAUUUAUAAACAAAAGGGUAAAAACGGGACCCUAUUACUAAGACUACACUGUCCGUCUAAUUAAAGUAAAAAAAAAAUUUUUUCCAUACAAAAAAAUAAUGUUUUACCACAGCGAAAUUUUUUUAGGAACUUCGGGUCAAAAAUUUUGUUUUGGCCUCUAGUAUGUGUGUGCCAAACGGCUAACCUGUACAUCGAUUUGCGGUAUUUUUAUACGAACGGGUUAGACUAUAUUGGCUGUCUACUUAAAAGAACUGCCGAUGGCGUUGUAAAUAAACCUUCAGCUUUGCUAAUGAAGUCGCUUUUUGAGGGCCAGGUUAUUUAAAAUAUAUCUACAGCUAGUAGAACUACAAAUUACGUAGGUAGUUGUUAAAAGCUUACUAAAUAAGCAUAAAUGCCAUAACAAUAAAGAAAAAGAAAUAAAAACAAUUAUAACUUUUAUAAGUAUUUCUUGUUGUACUACCUCAUGUGCAUUUGUAAUUUAUGGAAACUAUUUUUGUACAAAAAUGUUGCUUUAUUCGAGGCAUUUUACUUAUCGAGUACGAAUAGUAAAAUAAUCACAAAUCGAAAUAAUGUAUACAAUAAAAUGAUACUAUUAUUUAUGUAAGCUGUAAUGUCGGUAUGUGCCAUUAAAAUAAAAGGUGCUAUAUUUCAGAAUGUAACUACUUUUUUACGAUAUUAUAGGUAUACAUUUAUAUAUAAUUUAUUUCUUAUUUGUUACAAAAUAUGCCAUUGCGGAAAUAAA